AUGCCACUCCCCAGAAAUGGAAACCUCUCCAUGGUUUACUUUCAAGAUUUUGUGCUGGAGGGAUUCAAGGGAGGCCUGGAGACCCAGGCCCUGCUCUUUGCUGUGUUCCUGGCCCUGUACAUGGUGACUAUGCUGGGGAACCUCACCAUGAUCAUGGUUAUCACCCUGGAUGCCCACCUGCACUCCCCAAUGUACUUCUUCCUCAAGAACCUCUCCUUCCUGGAUUUGUGCUACUCAUCUGUUAUUGCCCCCAAUGCCCUGGUCAACUUCUUCUCCCCAUCCAAGGUUAUCACCUUUGUAGGCUGUGCUACCCAGUUAUUCUUUUUCUCCCUACUGGUCACCACUGAAGGUUUCCUCCUGGGUGUCAUGGCCUAUGACCGCUUCAUGGCCAUCUGCAGCCCCUUGCACUACCCUAUCACCAUGUGCCACUCUGCCUGCACUCGCCUGGUUCUGGGCACCUACUGUGGAGGCUGCCUCAACUCUGUUGUGCAGACCAGCUUCACAUUCCGCCUCCCAUUCUGCAGCUCCAACCGCAUCAACCACUUCUUCUGCGAUGUUCCCCCACUGCUCCAGCUCGCCUGUGGCAACACAGCCAUUAAUGAACUUAUCUUGUUUGGCAUCUGUGGGCUCAUCAUUGUGGGUGUGACAUCUGUGGUCCUCGUCUCCUAUGGCUACAUCAUGGUGACCAUCCUGCGGAUGCGCUCAGGAGCUGGGAGACGCAAGGUCUUCUCCACCUGUGGCUCCCACAUGGCUUCAGUGACACUCUUUGUUGGGACUGUCUUUGUCAUGUAUGCCCAGCCAGGAGCAAUUGAGUCCAUGGAGCAGGGCAAGGUGGUCUCUGUCUUCUACACGCUGGUCAUCCCAAUGCUCAAUCCCCUCAUCUAUAGUCUGCGAAAUAAGGAUGUGAAGGAGGCCCUAUGGAGGCUGGGCCAGAAACACACAGCCAUGUGA